GUUGGAGAUACAGAUUAUUCGUGCAUUUGCAGCGGCGGUUAGCAGUGGGGAAUCUUUUGACAGCGAGACGCAGAGAGGGAGAUUACAAGCAAUGGCAACCUGGUCCAGCCGAGUAUCGGAAGGAUAAAAGGCCCUUUUAUAUAUAUAUAUAAAAAAUAAAACUCCCACCAUCUCUGCUCCGGCUGGCAUCCGAGUCGCCCACCAUUAGGGGAGGGGCAGGGACAAAGGAACAUUCACCUAAGUAGUUAUUUCGCCGGCAUAUGCAGUUUGAUGGGUUGAGACCGGCGCAUGGAGAUUAUCAGUUACCUAUACUCAGCCAGUCUGUUUUGCCUUCCUCUCAUCCUUGGGAGCUCCAUUCGGGUUGGCCUGGGAGGAAAUUACUCCAACCUCUAUGAACAAAACAUACUUCCCUGCAAGAAGGACGAGCGGCAAUGUGGAAAUGGCCUGUGUCUUCUCAACUGGCUGCGCUGUCACUACAGGAAGGACUGUGGCCGAGAGUACACCUCCAUCAAGUUAAUAUGUUCAAAGCUCCUGUCGAACCAGAGCGGAGGGAACCACGGGUAUCCGCACUACAACGAGAGCGGCAGUGAUGCCAACCUGCUGGUGUCGCCCUUGGUUGUGGCGGGCAUCGUGAUCGGACUGGUCCUCUUCCUGUCCUGCAUGACCAUCAUUGUCGGGAGCUUCAGGAAGGAUAGCCGCCUGAGGAACUCCAAUGUCAGGAUGGAAGCCAGUUACGCCCCAGAUGCCUUCUCAUUUGGAGGGUCCAUUGGAGAGCUUAGGUCGACUUGUAUCGAGGACUAUCCACCCAUCUUUGACUUUGAUUCCUACACUGAGACGCUCUCGCAGGUCAAUGUGAUGUAUCAAGAUUCUCCGCCACACUAUGAAGACUGUGUCCGUGAUGGAGCGCCGGGAAUGUACCUCCCAGAGGAUGACCCUCCGCCAUACUCCUUGACCGACCCAUGGCAAAGACAUGAUCUGACUCCCCAGAUCCCCGCUGAGCAGGAAUCCACCCGCCAGGAGACUGGGGGAUGCACGAGUGGUCCGGCGAAUGCCCCGGAGAGCCAGCAGGCAAUCUCGUCCAUUUCCUCCACCUCGCCUCCCGCGGAUCAGGCCCCCCCUUACGAGCGAGUGGUCCUGAGCGGGCGAGACGUGGCGCUCCCGCUAAUCCCACAGGCUGAACUGAAGGAUGGGGCGGGGGAAGGCAGAUCUCUCUCCCGCACUAUCGUGUGAGGGGAGCCUCUGGCACAUCAGGGGCACAGGUAGCACAGAGGCAGCACGGCGUGCCACCCACACCGACCUCAUCGCACCCCCACCCACCACCCCCACCCUCAACCAACCCCUAACCCUCACUCCCAUUGGCACAGGGAGCUUGAAGGUGGCUUGGCCAGUGUGUGAUUGGAGGGUGAGGGUACUGGGACUACCCCGUCAGUUUAAUCUGAGGGUGAAACCCACCAUCCAACGCAAGAGCUGCAGUUUGCUCCUGGAGGUUACGGCAAGGUCGUGGUUCUACCCCAGAGACCUGAGCGCAAAAACCUACCCUGAGCAGUACUGAGGGAGUGCCGCACUGUCAGAGGGUGAGCCAUUCAACUGAGGUCCCCUCUCAGAUCCCAUAGCACUGCUUAAAGAAGAGCAGGGAAGCUCUGCCCUGUGCCCUGGUUAAUAUUUCUCAUUAAAAUAAAUAAUCUGGUUGUUAGAUCACUGCUAUUUGUGGGAGCUUGCUGUGCACAAAUUAGCUGCCGCAUUUCCUACAACAAAGACCAAAAAGUACUUUAUUGGCUGUACUCUGAGAUGUUCUGAAGUUGUUGAGAUGCUAUAGAGGCAGGUCCUUCUAAUGACGUGUUUGAUAUAUACUCUCCUGUCUCACAUUGAUGUUUUGUGACAGCUCUGUCCACCUUCCCCUCGUGACAUCCCCAGUAUCACAGAAGAGUGGAAUUAUAAACGGACUUGGACCUUGCAUUGUAAUAUGUGCUGUACAUAGGGCAGAAUAAAAUACAAUUUGUGCAAA